GUUUCGUUGUCUUCUGAAGAGGAAACAUCUUCGUUCCAAACAACAACGAAAGAUGUGGUAUGUGGACAAAAGGCGACCAAGAAACCACAGGGAGAGAGUACAUCAAGCAAGGUAAUGAGAUUGCUUGUAUGAAAUUGAAAUUGGAUUGGAGUCGAACUAAAAUUAAAUUAAAUACUUAUUUUACUGGAAUGCUCGAUCUACUGGUCUCCGCUAAUGAUGACGAAUCUCUAAGAUGCAAUGUAACUUUUAGGGUCUGUUGUCUUCUAAAGAGGAAAGGUCUUUGCUGAAGGAGACAAAAAAACAUGAUUCAUGUGGAGAAAAAAACACUAAGAGACCACAGAAGGAAAUGACAUUGAGAAAGGUAAUGGAGAUUGGUUGAAAUAUUUAAUACAUAUUGGUUUGGAGUCAAACUGUUAAUUUUAGGGUUCACUGUCUUCUGAAAAGGAAAAACCUUCGCAACUAACUUUCCGACGAAGGACCUUUGCUCGAAACGUUGAAGUUCUCUAAUUGCCCGACGAAGCAAAAUUUAUUGAGAAAGGUAAUGAAAUUGGUUGUAAUAUUUAAUGUAAAUUGGUUUGGAGUCAAGCUAAAACUAAAUUAAGUAGAAAGUUUUCUUGCUAAUGGGAAUUUAAAGCCUUGCGUCUGGGAUAUUUGGGAGCUAAUGUGUUAUAUUAACUGAUAAGCAGGUAUUAGGCUAUAAGUACAGCUACUGUCAUAAGGAGGAAACACUUUAAUUAUCUCGUGAAACCUGGGAGAUGAAGAAAUUAUUCCGAAAGGGUUAUAUGCUACCCCAAUUCACUUUUCAACAUUUAGCCUGCCGUCGGGUGAACAUCACUCGGUUUACACAUCAAUUUUUUCAUAAUCCUAUAACCUGCUCCCCAUGCCAUAUCUGCGCCUAUAUACUAUUUGUGUUAUUAUCAGAGUUGGCGUAAUAUGGCACGCAUAUGUAAUGGUGUAAUUUGGCCCUCACCUUUUCUGGGUAAAACUGUUUUUGAAUGGACUUUACUGGGUAAACUGUAAAGCACCAUGUUGUAUUUUUAAGUGUUUUCCCAACCAUUAAUAAGGCCCAAUCUCUAACGUGGGAACUUUAGGAUUUGUUGUCCUCUGAAAAGGAAACAUCUAUGAUGCAGAAGACAAAGAAAGAUGAUGCAUGUAGACAAAAGAGGGCCGAAACAGUGCAGCAAGACAGUGGACUGAGCAUGGUAAUUUGUUUGCUCGCAAUAUUUAAUGUAAAUUGGUUUGGAGUCAGACAAAAACUAAAUUAAAAAUCUAUUUAUGCUGCACUAACAUGUUCUAUUUUAAAUUGUCGUCCCUAUCCACCAAUAUAAGGGCCAAUCUCUAACACGUAAAUUUUAGGGUUCGCUGUCUUCUGGAGAGGAAGCAUCUUUCUGGCAAAAUACAAGGAAACAAGAGGCAAGUGGAAAAAAGAAGAACAACAGACAACAGAAU